AUGUUCAGCCAUUCACAUGCUAUAAGAUCAGGUCUCAGUGGGCGUCUGCGGCAGUCGCACGAGGAACACAUAGACCACCGAUACAAUGCUCAAUACAUUAUCUCAGCAGAAUUUAAUAAUAAAGUUGGCCCUAUAAUCAAGCAUCAGUACCCAACCCCGAUUCCCGGAUUCAAAGGGCGCCCAAACUCCAAAACAGGCGCGGUGAACCUAGCGAGUUUAAUGAUACCCAAUAGCAUAGAAAGCAAACUCGGAUGCGCAGAUUUCACUAUCUUCAUACUCUACAAGGACAAGUAUACCAGAAAUUACCAGAUCUUCCCCGUUUCAGAGUCCUCAGCACCUAGCAAUACGCGAGCAAACUUGACAAUUCUCGAGGAAGAAGAGCACUCAGAGAGCAGAAAUUCUAAAUUACUGGAUGCAAAAGAACCACCUUUAUUUUUUCUGAAUGUCGUCAAUACGCUCAAAGAUGAUUCUAAUGACCGAGGAGCCAUAAUCCGAGCGAUAGCUCUGGGCACAACCGUACGAAAUUUUCUCAUAUUCAAGCCGCUUCUGGCAAUGACUUUGGAUCUGUACAUGCGUUCUAAUGACAACAUCCUAUUACUGGUUGACUGCUUUAAUAUGAUUAAUAGCUUGGACUUAUCUCUUGCUAAAAGAGUAAUGUCAAAUAGCUCUCUUCAGACACUUUUAAGUUCCAUUAACGAUGAGAGCGUCAUUUCCGAAAUUUUCAACCCAGCUUCUCACAACCUCCCUCACUUACUUCACCUAAACACGCUCCCGAAAACUGAUAACUUUGGUAAUAAUAUAAGUUUCAAACGACAUUUGAUAGAAUACCAAUUCACAAAAUUCAAACCAAAGUUACUCCCGCCUGCAUUCUCAAGAAUUUCCUUACAGAUCGACAUGAUAAAUUACGAUCCGGUAAAAGUUAAUAUAAACUACAAUGAUCAUGUCCUAAAAUUUCUAUCCAAGUUUAUUUUAAAACUGGAUAAACUGCUUGGAUUGCAGUUCUCUUGGAGACUACUGGUCAAUUCCACAAAGUUAUCAAAAGACACCCUUAGCCAAUUCAUCAUGACUUUGUCUAAUUUCAUCAAGCACUUUGAUUUCCAUUACUUCGAAAAUGCGCAAGUCGUCAUAUUUCCCUAUAUGGACAUAUCAUUUAUUGAUGCAUUAAAGGAACAACUUAUUGCUCAUGGUACCAGACGAACUUUCACCAUUGUGGGAGUAAGUAAUCCUAUUUUCGAAUGGCAAAAAGAUGUAUGGGAUUUUUACUAUGAUAUGGAUAAAGAGGAUCUUCAAUGCCGACAUUUGGCCCCUCCAUCAUUGGCUACACUCUCAAACAAUUCACAAGAGAGUAUGAAGGGAUCAAAAAUAAAAAACAUAUUCUCUAAGCGUGCUUCUUCGGCAAUGCUACUAUCCGAACCUCCGCAAAGAUACGGCUUGACCUCUAAAAUGAUAACAUACUUGGUACGAGAGCAACACGACAAUGAAACGAUUUUGAAUGUAUUCAAAAGAAUAAACAUUUUGCAGCUGCUGAGUUUACUGAAAGAUCUUGAAAAUGGAUCUCGAAGAGAAUCAGAGUUAAGUCUCAAAGACGAAUAUGUUGUAACUUACAGAGACUUUAUUAUUUUUCCUGAAUUCUUCGAAUAUGGUGCGUUGAAGCUGAUUCGCUGCUUGGACCAGCUAGAGCAGGAUUUAAACUUUAUACUGUUCGAUGGUAAAGAAUCAUCACAGGGUUAUGAGUUAAAUGCAUUAGAAAGAGUUUUUGCUUCGUUAAAGCAAAUCAACAAAUUCAUGGGAUCAAGCACCGCAAAUAUUGAUAAGUUCAUCAACAUAGGGCUAAAUUUCCCGCUCACCUCUGUUCGAAACGGGGAAAGUCUCUCUACGAAAGAUUUCAACGAAGUCGAUCUGGAGGCGUUUUUUGAUGAUUUCAAAGUUUCGAACUCUAUGGAAUCGUUAUACUCACAUCACAAAGGUGUUGUGGACUACUUCGCGAUGAAGCGCUUCCUUAGACUUCUGUUUUUACCCCUUGUUCUUGAUUCUGCAAUUGAGAGUUCUGCAGAUUUUAUGGAUUACUUUGAUUCCCAAGCCACUGGGCCAGGAGAUGCCGGUUUAUACCCAAAAAGACUGUUUCACUCAGAAAUCAACAGCUCUCCCAUGUCAAGUUGGUACAACGAAUCCAGUCUUUUUCAAGACAAUUUUACUGACGAAACAAGAAGUAAAACUAUUUCUUCAAGAAAUGGCGACAGCAGUAGAGACUCUUUCAGCGAAUGCGAUUAUAUUGUUCCCAGGAUAAAAAGGGCCAGCAUUGCCGUUAUUCGCAAGCUUCAAAAGCAUCCGUUGGGAAAAAUCUUGAUUAAGCACAAGCUGAACCCAAUGUUUAAAUCGAUAUAUGACACACUCGAGGAAGAUUUUGCUGCCAAGAGGAAGAGUCAUAACGAAAAAAGAUCAAGCUUGAUGAGACCUCAGUCAUCAGUUCGUGAUUCUAUGAAUGUAUCUCCCAGCAGAAUGGAGCUUCUUAAAGAUCUCACAGCAAUCUCACAGCAGCAAGAAAACAUUAAGCUUAAAGCCGCUACAGAAGGAAGACCAGCGAGGGCUUCUAUACUGGACACUUUGAACCGCCUAACCUCAGAUUUCAAUGAAACGGCGUCAUAA